AUGAACAAUUCUAACAAAAAUACUUUGAAUUUGCAGCUCGUGCUUCUUUCACUUUUUGUGUUCAUAACACGUUUGCCUGGUACAAAGCAGGACGACGACAAUUCAUCGCCAUGUAGCACUCCAGUCACGGUCGAAGACGCCAAGGCGAAGUUACAGGCAAAUGGCGUAACUAUCAACAAAAACUACAUGGCGUUCACUUUGGCAGAAGCAAAAUUAAACUUCAAAAAUCUUAUCACUAUGGAACCUAUGAAUUUUUCAUCGAUAGUAAAACAGAUAGUGAGUCCUUUAGGCCAUAUGACCGACAUUACAGGCUGUGAUCCAGAUGACAAAGUAGCCCCAUAUUCUUGCAGGAGGUGCUCGGCAAUCACUACACUAGGCGAGAACAUAUACCCUAAAAUUUUCAAUACAAUUGUCUGCGACGACACACCUAGUCCGGUUCCUUGCGGUCCUCAAAAUCAGGGGACAUGUAAAGGAUUUGGUAAAACCCAGACGCUGGUGAAGUAUGAUCCAACGAAAAAGUGUGAUUCUUCAGGAAAACCACCCUUUGACGACUAUCCAUUCGAAUUGACGGUGUGCUGUGGAUGCGAAUUAUUUUAA